AUGAACAUGGCUUCAAUCCAAUUCGACAUACGUGCCGCUAUAAAUGCCGCCAAUCUCUUCUUCGUCAAUCAUGAUCUCCUCCUCCCUCGCCGCCGCCGCUUGUCUCUUUCUCCUCGACCGUUCCCUUCCUUUUCUUCCUACGGGGCGGCGGCUGCUUCACCGACGCCGUCGUCGUCGUUGUUCAGGUUGAGAGCUUCUUUCUCCUCUGGAACGUCGGAGCCAGCGAUUAAACUUCCCGAGAAGCCUCCAAUUUGUAGCGCCGACGAGCUUCACUAUGUCACCAUCCCCAAUUCCGAUUGGCGCCUUGCUCUCUGGCGCUACCACCCUUCUCCUCAGGCCCCUCCAAGGAAUCAUCCAUUGUUGCUAUUGUCUGGAGUAGGGACUAAUGCCAUUGGUUAUGAUCUCUCUCCUGGGUCAUCGUUUGCAAGGUACAUGUCUGGCCAGGGCUAUGACACAUGGAUUCUUGAAGUCCGAGGUGCAGGACUGAGUGUACGGGAAUCAGAUGCCAAAAAUAUUGGGGAGUCCGCUUAUGCAGCUUCUGAGCAUAUGGAAUCUGCUGCUAAGGGUGUAACUACUGGAUCUCUGACUGGGAAUCAGGCAACUGCAAAAGAUGUUGGGCAGUAUGCUUCCGAGCAGAUGGGAUCUGUUGCUAAGAGUGUAAGUAAUGGAGCUCCGUCUGCAAAUCAGGAAACUGCAAGUGCUGCACAAAGCACAUCACCAAGUUCUGAGCUUUCAUCGGUUCCCGAGGACCCAACGGGACUAUCAACUGUUUGGGAUGAAUCUAUGUUGGUCUCCAAGUUGACAGACACUUUCAUGACCUUGUCAGAAAGUCUCUCUGGUUUUCUUAGUGAAGGUCAAUCCAUGAUAAUGUCAGCUAAAUUAUUUGACCAGAUAUCAACACUUUUAGAAGAUACCCAGUUAUCUGAGCGCCUUAAUGAGUUGCGGGAAAAACUUUUGAGCUUGUUGGAGACAAGGGAAAAUUCUGGUGUUGCCAGUCAGAUCAGGGAUCUAAGCCAGACACUUGUAAAUAUUGUUGAGGAAGGUCAAAAGUCCGUCUCGCCUCAGUUAUUUGAUUUGCAUGACCGUCUUACGUCCACUGUAGAAGAUUUUCAAAAACAACUUGACCUGAUUGUUAAAUAUGACUGGGACUUUGACCAUUACCUCGAGGAGGAUGUUCCUACUGCGAUGCAAUAUAUAAAGGCAGAAUGCAAACCGAAGGAUGGCAAGUUGCUUGCAAUUGGACAUUCCAUGGGAGGCAUUCUGCUGUAUGCAAGAACUGCAAGGUCUGGUUUUGAAGGAAACGACUCUGGCUUUGCUGCUAUUGUUACUCUGGCAUCGUCAGUUGACUACACUACUUCGAAUUCGAGGCUCAAGUUACUUGUACCACUGGCUGAUCCUGCUCAGGCUCUGAACGUACCUGUUGUUCCUUUGGGGGCAAUUUUGGCAGCAGCAUUUCCUCUCUCAUCUCGUCCUCCUUACGUGUUAUCUUGGCUCAAUAAUUUGAUAUCAGCACAAGAUAUGAUGCACCCAGAGCUGCUAGAAAAGCUUGUUUUGAACAACUUUUGUACCAUACCAGCUAAACUUCUUUUGCAGCUUACAACAGCUUUUCGAGAGGGUGGAUUGCGUGACAGGAGUGGCAAGUUUCUCUACAAGGACCAUUUACAUAAGUGCAAUAUCCCAGUCUUGGCCUUAGCCGGUGAUCAAGAUCUUAUUUGCCCACCAGAAGCUGUAGAAGAAACCGUCAAAGUUCUCCCCGAACAUUUGGUGACUUACAAAGUCUUUGGAGAAUCAGGAGGUCCUCACUAUGCACAUUACGACUUGGUUGGAGGACAACUGGCAGUGGAACAAGUGUACCCUGCAAUAGUCGAGUUUCUUAGCCAGCAUGAUUCAGUGUGA